AUGGAGAACGGAGGAAAACUAACGUGGAAGAGCUUGGAAGAACGUAAGAGGGAGAGAGUAGGUAACCUCCCACGCAUGCGUUUUUAGGGGAGCUCGUUUUUCAUCCCGCCCCACAUGAAAAACGAGUUCCCCUAAAAGCGCCUGCGUGGGAGGCUAGAAAUUAGGAGGAGGAAAAGAGGUUCUUUCGCCCUCUCCCCCUAACCCCGCCCCUUCGCCAUUUUUUAUGGCUCGUUUUCCCAACUAUCUGAAGGCCUGUUACAGGUUAACUACGAUAUUCAACUUGAACGUCGAGCACUUGUGUCGCUUUGUUAUUAAUCAGCAGGGACGGAUUUGGUAGUACUAACUUUUCAACUGCUUUUAAUUAGACUGCGAAACUGUCAUUUUUCUUCUUUUUUGUUUUAUUUUUUUUUGUCAGUUUCCAUCGAAUUUUUAGAGGUAUUUUUCGUUUCUCUCCCCAGUUUCUUUCACUUUCCCCCUCCCCCCUGCUUCAGACAAGAGGGUCACGCAACCAUUUGUUUUGCUCCAGACCAUUCGUUCGACUAUUGGUGCGUUCUUGGCCUACGCAAAAAAUACGGGCUGUUUUGUGGUCUGAAAGACUUUGCACUGAUUGACGUUAGUGUCCCAGUAUGGAAACUCUAGCUGUAAUACUGAUCGAACUGCAGAUGACAGGUUAAAAGACUGAAAGUUCCUUUCAACAGCGUUUGGAAAGAGAACUUCGUCUUUUCCGCCCCCCCAAAAAAACUAACUAAAAAUAGGGAAACAAAAUAGAGUAUAAUACCAAUCCUAAGAAGAAACUUGUAACGAACGAACGGGAACACCUAAAAAGGAAAGACAGACUUGAGGAACUCUAUCCUUUCCUGCAGCCUUCUUUCCUCAUCCUCCGUAGCCUUAGUCCAUGAAACUUAUACGCCCAUGGUACCCUCUAAAAUGUCUUUCCCCACGCUAUAUAAUACUAGUGAUAAGCCCCUUGGAAGGCACUUAUUAAAAUGGAUAUGCCGCUGAGGCCUUCAAACCCUGACUCUAUUUAAGACAAAAACCAGUCAUUUCAUUACUAUAUUCAAGACGCUUGGAAUUGUAUAACCUUUUUAAGAAUCAAGGCCUCCAAAACCUUACCUUUGCGCAUUAGAUCGUAUAUUUAAAUGCUAUUUUGCGCCUUAUAAAUAAUAAAUUAUUAUUAUUAUUAUUAUUAUUAUUAUUAUUAUUAUUAUAUCACCUUUGUCUUUGUCACAAAACCGAAUGAGACUGAGAGCCUUAGUCUACUUUACGUAAGUACCGUGUAGAUCUACGGAAGAAUUGUUUGCAGCCAGCCCUAGUCAAAACCCUAAGAGACUUCGCCUGCCGCUGGUCAAUAGGAAGGCCAUUCCCAAAGAACUGCUCCAGAAAAACUAUUUUUUAACAUUUGUCUGGGGUAGAGGAAUAGCGAGUUUGCUGUUGGUGUCUCUUAAAAAGUAAUUAGAGAGACUGCAACGAUCUGCCAUUGCUACGAUCUACUACGAUAUAUAACGCAUAUUCUCCGAUACACCGGCCUCUCACCGCUCUUUGACGAAAUGUCCCUAGAGGCAGAUAGCGAUGAGACGAAGCUGUAUCGCAGGCUUUUGGACACAAGGCUUUUCUACUAUUUAUACGGGUAAAGUGGUCGCUUCACGGUUUGGGCAAUGGUGAACAGAAUUCAGGACCGAUGAAUUUUGAUUCCGUUCGGGAAUCGCGUUUACCAUUUGCCUAAGUCAGUUUCGUUUAACGAAAAACGGCCUCGAAAGCCUGACACUAAUAUUCAAAAAAAGGUUUGAAGACAUGAAAUCCCAAUUUCCGCCUGGAAUUUUCCAACCAGGAAAAUAGAAAUGCUUUUUCAGACGUUCCAUUUGUUUCAGGAAUUUUCCACUGAAACGUCGAAAACAACCCGAACCUGAGUUAAUGGUAAGCCUGGCAAAGCACCAAAGUGCCUUCUUAGUUUGUUUUAAUGGGUCAUAUAUAGAGCAGUAGCUUCAUGAUUCAUACACGUUGUCUCCUCUUUGGCAUCCACGUAACUUUUUUCAGUUUUGAAAGCCCGCAAGGGUAAGAACUACGAAGAACUAUUGCACCAAUACUUAGUCGAAAAUAUUUAAUUGCUUCAAGGAAAUUAGUGUUUAUAAACCAGAUGGCACUGUUCGGCGAUGAUUUAAUUCGUAAAUAUCCCGCAAUGCAAAAAUUCAUUCAGUAAACGGUUUUAGUUUAGAUUUUUUCUGUUUAUAUAUCAUUUUUUGAGGGAAAUCGCUAGUCUGAAACUGAACAUGAAAGUUUGUGACGCUAUCACGGGGACGCUAUAUGCUGUAUCUGAAGAAAAUGCUGCAAUUAAUAAGAAUAAUAGGUUUAUUGAAAGAUUUAAUUUCGCACUGGCUUUUUUAAAAUCUGUCUUCUUAUAAGUAAAUUGUUUAAAGCGUAUCAAAAGGUAACACUGGCGUGACGGGCCGUGUCACGUUAUUUUUAACCAUGCAAAUGUCGCGAUUUUUCCCAAAAUUAGGGUUGAACUCGAGGUCUUGCGGGCUACUUAAAAUCGUUUGCCCAGAGAUUUGUUUCGAGUUUCUAAUAGACUGGGACCUAGUAAUGCCGUAAAGAGUUAAUUUGCUAAAUUCUAAGUUAUUAUAGCGCGCUAUUAAAAUUUGCAUUAUUUUAUCCCCAUAAUUUUCGACGGUAAAAAUUGCCAAUAGGGCUUAUUUUUAACAAAACCUUUUUGGCCACAUAAAUAAUCCCGCUUUCACAAAUGUAUCGUUUUCUGGGGAAGAAAGGGUUAUCGAUGAGCCAAAUCAAAUCAUGAACUUAUGCCGAGAGUGGGUCGAUAUUUACGGAAAGCCGCUCUUAAUUCUUCAGUACUGUUUCAGUCGAUGAUUGAAGAAGCAUAUAUUUUAAAAAAAUUAGUACUUACUGAAAGUUCAUGUUUAUGAAAUAAUUUUCAGCAUGUUCAGAAAUAUGUGGACCUCAUGGUGACUGCAGCCGAAAUGUUAGUGCAUCACGUCCAUGCCUUUGCCAUCUCGGUUAUCAGUGGAGCGAUGCUUCUUCAUCGUGUGAAGACACCAGUGAGUGUCUUGUUGGCUCCCAUGAGUGUCUGUCACCAGCCAAAUGCGUGAACACACCUGGGUCUUAUCGUUGCGAAUGUCCUUCCAUUGUUGGAUGGUCCUUUGAUGGCAGAACGUGUAUUGAUACUGAUGAGUGUCAAUACCGAAACGUGUGCGACCCACAGGCUUCAUGCAACAACUACCCUGGAGGAUUUAAUUGCAGUUGUAAUAUAGGAUGGCGGGGACAAGGGGAACAUCCUCAGUGUUCUGACAUUGAUGAGUGCACGGAAGGGAUUGACAGGUAAUGUUGAUUAUUUUGUUAUACUGGGAUUUUCCUCUCGGGCUGAGUAAGUGAUCGCUGUCAUGACCAAUGAUGUUUAAGUAAUCAAAGCCUCGCAUCUCAUUCGCAAAAUGAUCAAAAUGCGCCACAACAUGACUUCUGUUACCAUAUCAACUUACUUUAACUCUCUUGAACGGUUGGUCAGAAGAGAAUCCACGUUACUCCGGUUAGUUUUCUUUUCGAAGUCAGUUUUGUCGGUUUUAGUUUUGGGGCCUUUGGCUUCUACCUAAAAGUCAAUACUGUUUGUCUUAUCAAAGGUGUCCUCAUCCGUCGACAUGUGUCAACACCCCUGGAAGUUAUAAUUGUGUGUGUAAUCCAGGAUGGGAGAAAGUGUCAGAAUUCCAGUGUUCAGACAUAAACGAGUGCAGUCGUGGAAUCCACGGCUGCGAUCGCAACUCUUACUGUGUUAACACGGCUGGAAGCUGGAAAUGCAUAUGCAACAGUGGAUGGAAUGCAGAUCCAUCAAAUGCUCGUCUACCAACAUGCAGAGACGUGAACGAGUGCGUUGAGAAGCCCAAUGCUUGCCCGGUUCAAUCAACUUGUCUAAACUCUGCGGGCUCUUAUCGAUGUAACUGCUUGUCUGGUUGGAGGAAUCAAGAUGCGCACACUUGCGUCGAUAUUGAUGAGUGUUCUCAAGGAUCACACAGGUGCUCAUUCAAUUCGAGGUGUGUCAAUACGCAAGGCUCAUACCGAUGCAGCUGCUUGUCUGGUUGGAGAAAUCAAGGUGUGCACACUUGCGUCGAUAUUGAUGAGUGUUUUCAAGGAUCACACAGGUGCACAUCCAAUUCGAGGUGUGUCAAUACGCAAGGCUCGUAUCGAUGCAACUGCUUGUCUGGUUGGAGGAAUCAAGGUGCGCACACUUGCGUCGAUAUUGACGAAUGUUCUGAAGGACGUUACAGUUGCCCGUCCAACUCACACUGCGUCAAUACACAGGGAUCAUAUAGAUGUGACUGCAACCGGUGUUACUAUAAAUCUGGAAGAAGCUGUUAUGGUAUGUAUUAG